AUGGCGUCUCCCUCGCCCAGUCAGCAGCAGUUAAAGCUGUCUAGCACUCCGCCUCCACCUUCUGUUGUUCCCAACUACUUUAGAACCGAACCUACGCUUCGCUCCGCUGAGCAGAGACACCCUGUUUACCUGCCACCGAUUUCUGACAACACAGCUAACUGGGGCACACAGUUCAUCUCCUCUCGUGGAAACGAGUACUUCUGCGAAAUCGAUGAGGAAUAUUUGACCGAUCGCUUUAACCUUACUGGUCUUAACACUGAGGUGCCAUACUAUCAGUAUGCGCUGGAUCUGGUGACUGAUGUGUUUGAUCUGGAUGCGGAUGACGACCUACGCGAACAGAUUGAAAAGUCAGCACGUCAUCUCUAUGGACUUGUCCAUGCAAGAUACAUUGUCACCACUCGUGGUCUUGCUAAGAUGGUCGACAAGUACAAGAAGGGCGACUUCGGCAAAUGCCCCCGUGUUAUGUGUGAAGGUCAGCCACUUCUGCCUAUGGGCCAGCAUGACAUCCCGAACAUGAGCACUGUCAGACUUUACUGCCCCAAAUGCGAAGACCUUUACAACCCCAAGUCUUCUCGCCAUGCUUCAAUCGACGGUGCCUAUUUUGGAGCUUCUUUCCCCAGCAUGCUUUUCCAGGUCUACCCAGGCUUGGUCCCUGAAAAGAGCACCAGCCGUUACGAGCCUCGUAUUUACGGAUUCAAAGUUCACGCUGCUGCUGCGCUAGCUCGCUGGCAGGAUCAGUACCGCGAGGACAUGAAGACGCGCCUUCGUGAUGCUGGGAUGGAAGUCAAGUACGUCGAAGACGAAGAAGUAGAGGAUGACGAGGAUGACGAGGACGAAGAUCAGGGCUUUGAUCCGAAGGAGCGGCUUGCGGGAGAUGCUGCCUCCGGCCGUAUGGAUAUGGGCAUUUGA